AUGAGCCGUAGCUACAAUGACGAGUUACAGUUUCUGGACAAGAUCCACAAGAACUGCUGGAGAAUCCGCAAGGGAUUCGUCCCCAACAUGCAGGUGGAGGGUGUAUUCUAUGUAAACGAUCCUCUGGAGAAGUUGAUGUUUGAGGAACUGAGAAAUGCCUGUCGAGGUGGAGGAGCUGGUGGUUUUCUCCCUGCUAUGAAGCAGAUUGGCAACGUGGCAGCCUUACCAGGAAUUGUUCAUAGGUCCAUUGGUCUUCCCGAUGUCCACUCCGGCUAUGGAUUUGCCAUUGGAAACAUGGCUGCUUUUGAUAUGAACAACCCAGAUGCUGUUGUAUCUCCAGGUGGUGUUGGAUUUGACAUUAACUGUGGAGUCCGUUUGCUACGCACCAAUCUGGAUGAGGGCGACGUACAACCCGUGAAGGAGCAGCUGGCCCAGUCUAUGUUCGACCACAUUCCCGUUGGAGUGGGAUCAAAGGGCGUCAUCCCUAUGAGUGCCAAGGACCUGGAAGAGGCUCUAGAGAUGGGUGUGGAUUGGUCUCUAAGGGAAGGUUAUGCUUGGGCAGAGGAUAAAGAGCACUGCGAGGAGUAUGGCAGGAUGUUGCAAGCUGACCCUAGCAAGGUGUCUUCCAAAGCCAAGAAAAGAGGCCUACCCCAGCUGGGAACUCUAGGUGCUGGGAACCACUAUGCAGAGAUCCAGGUGGUGGAUGAAAUCUAUGAUGAAUAUGCUGGCAAGAAGAUGGGCAUUGACCACAAGGGUCAAGUGUGUGUGAUGAUCCACAGUGGUAGCCGGGGCCUGGGGCACCAAGUGGCCACAGAUGCCUUGGUUGCUAUGGAGAAAGCCAUGAAGAGGGAUAAGAUCAUAGUCAAUGAUCGUCAGUUGGCAUGUGCCAGAGUUUCCUCUCCCGAAGGCCAAGAUUAUCUGAAAGGCAUGGCUUCCGCUGGCAAUUACGCCUGGGUGAACCGCUCAUCCAUGACCUUCCUUACAAGACAGGCUUUUGCCAAAGUGUUUAACACAACUCCUGAUGACCUGGACAUGCAUGUCAUCUAUGACGUCUCUCACAAUAUUGCCAAAGUGGAGCAGCACGUGGUGGAUGGAAAGGAGAAAACCCUAUUGGUACAUAGGAAGGGAUCAACGCGAGCCUUUCCACCCCAUCACCCUCUGAUUGCCGUGGAUUACCAGUUGACCGGACAGCCAGUGCUAAUUGGUGGCACAAUGGGGACCUGCAGCUAUGUCCUAACUGGAACUGAGCAAGGAAUGACUGAGACUUUUGGCACCACCUGCCACGGAGCUGGACGGGCUCUGUCCAGAGCCAAGUCUAGACGUAACUUGGACUUCCAGGAUGUACUUGACAAGCUGGCAGACAUGGGUAUCGCUAUUCGAGUGGCCUCACCAAAGUUGGUCAUGGAGGAGGCUCCAGAAUCGUACAAAAAUGUCACAGAUGUAGUGAACACAUGUCAUGAUGCAGGAAUCAGCAAGAAAGCCAUCAAGCUGCGUCCCAUCGCUGUGAUCAAGGGCUGA